GCGUGCUUGCUUUGCUUGGCCUUUGACCUGACCUUCUACUUCCGGUGCCCCAUGGAUGUUGGACAGAUCCCUGCCAAGGCCCGGAAGAAGAAGAAGAUUACCCGGAAGCAGCCCCAGGUUUCCUCCAGGGACCCAGAAGUACACCAUUGCGAUGUAUGCGGGAAGGACAUCAGGUACCUGGCAAACUUCCGGGAGCACCAGCGCAUCCAUACAGGGGAGCGGCCCUACCAGUGCAAGCGAUGCCGCAAGACGUUCACCCGCUGCGCUGACCUCAUCAAGCACCGCCUGGUGCACUCCGUCAGCCGGCCGUACCGCUGCAAAGUCUGCGGGAAGCGCUUCAAGUUGCGGGCUGACCUGGACAAGCACGGCAAGGUGCAUUCCGACGACGCGCCCUUCCCCUGCCACCUGUGCCCCAGGCGCUUCAAGCGGACUUCUUGCCUCGUGAAGCACCUGCGCAUCCACACGCAGGAGAAGCCCUUUGCGUGCGCGCACUGCGACCGGCGCUUCAAGUGGGAGGCCUCGGUCAAGGAGCACGAGCGGGUCCACACGGGGGAGCGGCCCCACCGGUGCAGCCAGUGCUCCAAAACGUUCACCCACCGUUCCACCUUCCUGCAGCAUCAGCGCACCCAUCAGAAGUACCCGGCCUUCAGCUGCAAGCAUUGCUCGAAGGCCUUCAACCACAAGUCAAACCUCCUGAAGCACAUUCGGGCUCUGCAUUCGGGCUCCUGAAGCACAUUCGGGCUCUAGGGCGGAAGAGGCAGACUGAACCGCUUGGCUCCAGGGGAGAUAAGAGGCCUACACUUCAGGAGACAAAAUCAUGGGCGAGGGGGGAAGGGCUGGUUGCAGCUGCUCACUGACCAAAGUGCCGUGGAGAAAUAGAGGUGGUAGGAUGAAAAAAAAUAUAUGAAGGCUGAACAUAUGAACAUAUGAAGCUGCCUUCUACUUUGGUCCAUCAAAGUCAGUAUUGUCUUCUCAGACUGGCAGCGGCUCUCCGGGGUCUCAAGCGGAGGUUUUUCACACCUAUUUGCCUGGACCCUUUUUUGGAGAUGCUGGGGAUUGAACCUGGGAACUUCUGCUUCCUUGAGCUGGCUACCUGAACCCAGCUUCUGCCUACCCCCUACAAAUUUGGAUACUAAAACAGACUUUUAGUUGGUGGUAGAAUCCCUAUUUGUGUGAUUUUGGGGGUGGGUGGGUGCUCUUAACUCCUACUAACCCAUGUGCCCGCAUUCUUACAUCACAGGGUAACUGGAUUUAGCAUAUGGCCAGGAUUCUACAGGUAAUAGAAUCUGUUAAAACCUCAAGAGUGUCACUCUCCGUUUUACGAUUUGGGCAAGAACAAGGUGAGGAAAUGGUUUCGAGCCGGGCGUGUGGUGCAGAAAGCAUAAAUCGGUGUCAAACGAAAGAGAUUUUGGUCUUGCAGCUGGUUGCAAACUGAUGGCUGGGCCAAGGGAAAAAAAGAGUGCCCGAAAGCAGCUAUUGAUGUUGAUUCAAUUGAUGUGCCAGAAAGCAGCUAUUGAUGUUGAUCCAAGCAUUUGGAGCCUGUUGGGGGCACCUUUGGAAUCCAGACCUGGCAUGGUGGGCACGGUUGCAGUAGGAGGCAUAGCCAGCCACAAAAUGGCUGUUGCAACUUCCCUUUGGGGACAAUCCUAUG